AUGCAUACCUCCUCUUAUGCGGUCGACAUUCAGUACCAUGAUACUGAAGGUCUCGCACACGGCUUUCAACUAAGGAGGCACAAUAAUGAAUCGGAAGCAGAUGAAGGUUCACGAGAAGCUCGUCACUUCGCUGCCUUGACGCUGCCUACAUGCUUGCCAGAACGCUUACGGAUCAUAUCAUACAUCUUUGAGUAUGCCUUCCUGCACGAUGGUGUCAUGGAAUCAGCGACCAAGGCUAUCGAGCAGCAACAACAACAGCAAGCGACCGACAACGAUUUCGCCACGAGAUCUUUCGACCCUGCGACAAAAGCAAAAGCAGGCUCGAAGAAAAUGCAAGCGAAAAUGGUUCAAGGACUAACAGCAAUCGACCCCGCUUGUGCUCAAGUGUGUAUCGAAGCCUGGAAGGAAAUGGUCAAUACAACCUCAAGACGUGACAAAGAUAAACCCUUUACCAGCAUGGACGAGUACCUAGAAUAUCGAAUCAUCGAUACCGGCGCUCCGUUCGUUGACAAGCACAUGUGUUUCGGCAUGGGCAUCAUACUAGAUGACAACGAACUCGAGCAAGUCAGAGAAAUCGCUCACGCCGCCUACGCAGCUCUAGGUCUCUGCAACGACUACUUCAGUUUCGACGUUGAAUACAACGACUUCAAGCGAAGCAACAAGAAAGCCAUGACGAACAUAGUAUGGUUAUUCAUGCACUGGCACGGCGUAGACAUUACGGAGGCCAAACGUCUAGCCCGCACAGAGACAAGACUGUACGAGCUGAAAUUCUUACGCCUGCAACAAGAAGCCGACCACAUACUCUCACUGAAACUUCGACACUAUGUGCAAGGGCUGGCAUAUCAAAUCGCCGGCAACGCGGCCUGGAGCACAGAUAAUCCGCGCUAUCAUCUCGAUAGAGAUAUUUACCAGGACGACAUGACGGAUUUUGAUCGCUCACUCGCUUGCUAUCAUUGUAGCAGCAAACCAGCACAAUCGGAAUCUGGACACAAGAAGCAGUUCUCGACUGAUGAUACUACUGCUGCAUCGAGCGUCUAUACCAGGUCUAGUGGGACUAGUCCGAGUCGACAUAGUAGUCGGUCUUCUGUCUCUGAUGAUCAGGAUUUUCAAGAAGUGCAAGUGCAGAAGGAGGAAGACUGA